GCUUGUUUGCGAAAUGUAUGCUGGUGCUCGAGAGAAAUAUAUUUACGAAACCAAGUUAAAGAAACAAAUAUAGAACAGCAAUAGUUGAAUCUGGAGUUCUAUAGCCCAAAAACCUAGUAACGUAGGUUGUUAGAAUAUUAUCUGUUCUAGCCAUGUGUAACUAUUGGGUUAUAACCUGAUUAAAUUGCAUUCAAUUAUGCGUGAAGUUAAUAAAAAACCCGUCUCAGUUUAACGCAUCCAAGUGCAAUCACUGCUACUAAGAAAAAGCUGUUAUAACCUCUAUAAACCCGUUCAGUCAACCGAUUGAGAAUUAGUUCUCUUGGAAACUCAGUGCAAGAUGUUAUGCGGCGUUAACGUUUUCUAUGUUAUAUUUGGAGUAUUGUCAGUCCUUUUAAGAGCAAUUCAGGGUCAAGAAGAAUGCGGAAGACUGCGGGAGAGCCAGCUGUACGAUCGUAAUGAGAUUACGUCACCGGAUGAGUACACAUGGAUAGGCCGCGUGGGCUAUGAGAACUCAGAUAAUGGAACCAUAGAGUUCCAUUGCCUUUCUGUUCUGAUCCACCGGCAGUUUGCCAUUCUUCCCGCCCACUGUUUGCUAAAUAUACCGAAUUCCGAUGCCACAUUCAUCCUUUUUGGAGACUGGCAGGCCCAACAGAUCUACACUAAAGGUGAUUGUCGCAAGGUGAAGGAAUUCUCCCAAUGCACCACACCCCCACAGAUGGUGGAUAUUGAGGAACUGGUAGUGCAUCCCCAAUAUAAAUCAUCUAAGACUUUGGAUGGCUUAAAUUUCAAUAUCGCCCUGGCCAAACUGGAGAGGAUCGUGGAGUUCACGGACUUCGUACAGCCCAUUUGCUUGCCACCUGUUGGCGAGGAUAAGGACAAACAUAUAGGUCAGAGGUUAGAGUGGGCGGGAUUUGGUAAAGCUCGAGAUGUGGAGAACUUGGAUGAUAAGUGGCGUGUGAAGACGCAGCUACAAAUUGCCAGCCUGCAAUUCUGCAACUCAAAAAUAUGGAACCGUCGUCCACUCUUCGAUAAUCAUCUGUGUUCGGUAGGAGACAAAAAGGGCGAUUUACUUUGGGGAUCCCCAUUAAUGGCCUUCGAAGUUUUAGAUGGAAAGCCAAGAAACUUCUACUUAGUUGGAAUACAAAUCAGUUCCAUUUCGGCACCUGGUGAGGAUCUCGAUUCGUUCUUAUUUAUGCGCAUAUUGCCAUUUAGGAGUUGGAUUCAGAAAAAUAUUAAAUAUAACUAGUGAUAAUUGAGCUUUAGUUCUUAAAAAUUUGUAUCCAUUGAUUGGGUAGUUAUAUAUGAAUACAUUUUUAUGUAUUAUUAAGCUUUAAAUAAAUUAAAAACUAUCCGAG